CUGAGAGACCUGCAAUGGAAAAGCCCAUCAAAGAAGGAAUACUUCACAUACAGCAGUACAAAUUUGGGAUGAAAAUUUGGAAGAAAAGUUGGUUUAUGUUGUAUCCAGGGAGUUCACAGAGCAUUGCCAGGCUGGAGCAAUCAGAUGCAAAAGAAGGCAGCAUCUCCAUGGACAAAUCUAUUUCCAAAAAGGUGGAGAGGAUAAUUCGUCUGUCCAACUGCAUCAGCAUCUGUCAGAUACAAGUGGAAAACACUCCUAAAGAUAUGUCUGCAUUCUGCAUUAGCACCAUGGAUAAAAACUGGAUAUUGGCAGCUCCAAAACAGGACCUGAUGCAGUGGAUCAACUGUCUGUGUGAGCUGGCAUUUGGGAAUGCCACUGUGAGAAAGAAAAGUGAAGAUUUUUCUGCGUCAAGUUCCAAGUUAUCCAGUGACUCAUUUUCAAUGAAAGAUAAUGAGCUUUACUCGUCCAUAGCUCAAGCUAUGCCUGAUAACCAUUUCACUGUGACCGUGCAGAAGACGGCUGCUACAACUAGAUGCAAUCUUCAAGGAAAGCACACAUUGAUUGUUGGUAAGGACAGCCUGGUCUUGAAAGAUCCUGUGACUAAGAAAGUUGUCUAUAAGUGGCCUUACCAACUUCUGCGGAGAUAUGGAACAGAUCAGGAAGCAUUCAUGUUUGAGGCAGGCAGAAGAUGUGAUUCAGGAGAAGGGGUAUUCUUAUUCAACACAAAGGAAGAUGGAAAAAUUUACAACAUUGUUGAUACAGUUGUUAAAGCAUUAGAAUCCAACAAAGAACAUCAGCCAUUGAAAUCAACCUCUGAGACUUCCACAGGACCUGGCCGAAAACUAUCAAAUGCGGUAAGUUUCCCUCAAGAAUUGGACAACCAAAAAUCUCAAGGUGGAAGUGGGCAUGCCUUGAAGAUUGAGCAGGACACUACGAAAGGUUCAAAAACAACCAAGAGUAAAUCAAAUCAAGAUUGGAAAGGCUAUAAUUCAGCCUGUGGAGUUGAGUCAAGUGCAGAGACAGUUGGAAAAAGUAAAGUUACGUCUACAGAAGAAACGGAACGAGAACAAGUAGUUUAUGCCACUGUCAAGCUGCCCAAAGCUAAAUCAACGAAAGGGAACAUGAAAAACUUAACACUUGAUCCUAUGGAAUACCGAGAAGGUGGGGAAGAUGAUGAUUCUGAAACAAGUCCUGUCUAUGAGAAUAUUUCUGAGAGAGAAUUUCCAUUUUUCUUCAAGGAGGAAUCAUCUUCCCUCAAAGACAUAGAAAGGCCAACUUACCAAAGAUCAGGGGAGAGUACUGAAGACAAGAACAAAUUUUCUGACUCAGAUUAUGAGAACCUUGCAACUGAAUGGAGUCAUCAAGUUACAGAAGGUGAUUAUGAAAAUGCUCAGGUCAAUCAGAAAAUUGAUGUGUACACAACUGUCGAUCGAAAAAAGAAUAAGGAAAGAGGGGCUUCUCCAAACCCUGAAACCUCAAAGAUCACAAAAGCAAAGCUUCCACCUGGAUUCCAUGAGAUGCUGUCCGAUCUAUACGCUGUAGAACUAAGUAAAACACGAGAUGCAACAGCACCAAGGAAAGAUAAAAUACAACAGCACCAAGGAAAGAAAAAGACAGGAAAAGAUUGUGAGGUGAAGACAUGA